AUGCCGCAAGGGUACCCGCCGUACCCUCCCCCGCCUGGAUACCGUGACCGUGAGGAAUGGGAGAGGCGAGAGCGCGAGGCGCGCGGCAUGCCUCCCCACGACCCUCGCCACCCGUCGCCCAGGCCUGGAGAGCGUGGCGGACCUCCCCCCAUGGAUCCUCGCGACCCGCGCAGCAUGGCCGGCAUGCCUCCUCGCGGUGGACCUCCCGAUGGACGCGAGUUUGGACGGGGUCCUCCUCCCGAGGGGUACCCUCCCUAUGGCUACGAGCGCGGUGGACCGGGCGGCUACCCGCCUCCGUACGACCCGCGCCGGGACGAGCGCCGCUUCGAAGAGCACGACCAAAAGCCCGGCCUCGACCACGCCAACGGCAUGCCUGGCCGCCACCCGUCGAUGCCGCGCGACCUCGGCAACGCCGACCUGCGUGCGCCUAGCCCGGCUCCCAGCACGAGCUCGAAGGGAUCGCGCCGCAAGGUCUCGGACAAUGCUGGUGCCGCCAAGAAGGGUGCCGCCCCGCGCAAGUCUGAGCCGAUCCCGGCUCCGCGCAAGAAGACGAACGGUGCCGACACGCCGCGCACUGCCGCCUCGCCUGCCCCGUCGCAGCGCGCCGGCUCCGUUCCCCGCCAGUUCCCGCCUUCGCUGUCUGGCCCGAACCGCACUGUCGAUGAGGACUAUGACGAGGGUGUUGACGCGCUGAUGUCCCUGCACUCUGACCGCGGCACGCACAAGCCGAUCUCGCCGACGAACCCGGGCAGCAAGCGCCCGUCGCCUCCGUCGCCCGAGACUCGCCCUUCCGACCCGAAGAAAUCGAAGCCGAGCCCCCCGCCGCGCGCGGCACAGAGCCCGACUCGACGCACGGUGAUUGAAGUGCUCAACGCGCCGUCGCGCAGCUCGAUCGAAGUCCUGAACCACCCCUCGAUGAACAAGCUCCCUCGCCUCCCGGACCGGCACGAGCGUGAGCGCAGCGACCGCCCGAGCGCUGGCCCGGAGCGGGACCCACGGGACCGGCCGUCGCCCGAGCACGCGCGCUCGCCGGAGAAGGCCAGGCCCAAGUCCCCCGAGGACGUUCGAAAGAGUGAGCAGCCCGCACAGCCGAGGAAGGACACGUCGUCGCCGAACAAGUCGCCCAUGAAGUCUCCCCCCACGCAGCUGAAGGCCCCGAACUCGAAAGGAUCUGACAGCAGAGACGCUAGAGACAAGGAGGGAGACGUGGAGAUGAGCGACGCGCGUAGCGACCGUGAUCGUGAGCGUGAACGUGAGCGUGGAGACCGCAAAGAGACGUCGCCCAGCAAGGCCUAG